AUGGAUCCCCCUUCACGCACGCGCUACCACCCGCUCACCGCCCGGCCGGCCCUCCUCGCCUGCGGCUUUGGCCUCCUCUGCGCGCUUCUGCCAACCCACUCCCUGACCGUGCGCGCGCAGGGCAUCGACGAGUGGAAGUCCCCCUCCCCGCUCCGCAAGAGCGAGUCCAACCUGGUCGACCGCUCCAAGACGGCCAAGAACCUCACCCCGAUCGGCCGCGUCGACCCCAACGGGUUCGCGGAGCUGCUCGGAACGGACGUCGACGAGGAAGACGAAGACGUCGCUGGCGAACCCGUUGGUGGCAAGGCGGCGUCCAAGGCGACCCGCGGAUCCACGCCGUCGGCCACAAACUCGGGCGCGACGGUCAAGCCCAAGACCCCCAAGACGGUCAACAAGACGGUCGACCCCAAGACGACCACGACGGCCACGCCGAAGGGCUCCGUCUCCGCCUCCGGCUGGCUCUCGUGGCCCAAGCUCUGCUGGCCGAAGGUGCUCUGCAUCAUCUGCACCUGCCUCAUCGCCACGAGCGGCGGCGCCUUCGCCUACUUCUCGCACGGCUCCGACGCGCUUCUCCCUUCGGUCGUCGCGCCCGUUUCGGCUGCGCCCGGGUUCGAUCGUUACGCCGGCUUCUGCGACGUAAACGGCGGCAAGUGCCAGGAGGAGUACAGGGGCUUCGGCGAGAGCGCCGAACUGUGUGAGCAGCGCUGCCUGAGGGCCUGCACCGCCGUCGAGUACUGGUACCUCACGAAGCGUUUGCCGAUGUGCAAGGUGUUCACAUGCGAGGGCGACAUCACGCGCGCGUUGAAGGCGCCGGCGAACAACGUCGAGUGCCUCGUCAAGACCGAGAGUUCGAACGUGGCAUUGCGCUCGAGCUUUGGCUCUGUGACGGUUGGCUCCGCCGACGGCACGGGCACCGCCGCGAGCUUCAACGGCCCGGCCAGCGUGGCGGUGUCGUCCGACGGCGGGACCGUCUACGUGGCGGAUUUCUUCAACAACCGCAUCCGCAAGAUCGACACCUCCGACGGCGAAACCACCACACUCGCCGGCUCGACGUCCGGCUCCGCCGACGGCACGGGCACCGCCGCGAGCUUCAACCAGCCGUUCGGCGUGGCGGUGUCGCCCGACGGUGGGACCGUCUACGUGGCGGAUUACUGGAACUACCGCAUCCGCAAGAUCGACACCUCCGGCGGCGAAACCACCACGCUCGCAGGCUCGACGUCCGGCUUCGCCGACGGCACGGGCACCGCCGCGAGCUUCAAGGAGCCGUACGGCGUGGCGGUGUCGCCCGACGGCGGGACGCUCUACGUGGCGGAUCCCGAGAACCACCGCAUCCGCAAGAUCGACACCUCCGACGGCGAAACCACCACGCUCGCAGGCUCGACGUCCGGCUCCGCCGACGGCACGGGCACCGCCGCGAGCUUCGAGGGCCCGGCCAGCGUGGCGGUGUCGUCCGACGGCGGGACCGUCUACGUGGCGGAUUACUUCAACAACCGCAUCCGCAAGAUCGACACCUCCGACGGCGCCACCACCACACUCGCCGGCUCGACGUCCGGCUCCGCCGACGGCACGGGCACCGCCGCGAGCUUCAACCAGCCGUUCGGCGUGGCGGUGUCGCCCGACGGUGGGACCGUCUACGUGGCGGAUACCUACAAUAACCGCAUCCGCAAGAUCGACACCUCCGGCGGCGCCACCACCACGCUCGCCGGCUCUGACACGUCGGGCUCCGCCGACGGCACGGGCACCGCCGCGAGCUUCAACUACCCGAACGGCGUGGCGGUGUCGCCCGACGGCAUGACCGUCUACGUGGCGGAUUUCUCCAACCACCGCAUCCGUUUCGAGACGCUCGCGUCAGGGUGA